AUGAUCAAGAAGCUCCCGCGUCUCUGGAAGAUACUCGCCAUGGCAGUUCUAGCGCUGUGGGGGCUGGCAGACGGCCCCGACCUCGUGUCAAGCAAAAUGGUGACGAGCUCGCAGCAGUCAUUCCGAGAGGCGAAAGCUAAGCAGGAUGCAGACCGACGAGCCGCAGAGAUUCAGCGACAGCAAAUACUCGCGAACACUGCGGCCAAGUUCGAUGAGCGGCAGCGGACCUACUCGAACUACGACUCGACUUACUCGUGGAACCGACGUUAUCGUAGCUCUACAAACGUACUCAACUCCAACUGA